AUGAAGUUCUCACAUAGUAUCCAGUUCAAUGCGGUGCCAGACUGGAGUGCCCACUACCUCGCCUACAGUAAUCUCAAGAAACUGAUCUACCAGCUCGAGAAGGAUGUCCACGAUGCCGCCGCCGCCGCCGCCGCUACUGAUGCCGAAUCAAGACCCCUUGUCGGUGGGGCCGAAGACUCUGAAGCUCUCUUCCAGCGCGCCCUAGUACCCGAGCUCCGCAAGAUGUCCUCCUUUUAUGCCUCCAAAGAGGCUGAGCUCACAGAGGAAGUAGACAAGCUGCUCUGGGAGGUGGGCCAGUUCGAUGUAAGCAGCGAGUCCGACAAUACUCGCCGGUAUAGCGUCCACAGCCAGGAUUCAGACAACGCUGAGGACAGCGACGAGGAAGACGAAACGGCCGCCCUGACAAGGAGCGCCUCCGGCCGACGAAAGUCUGCGCACAGCAUCCAGACGGGAGCCAUGACGGGGUCCGCUGAUUUCGGGAGGGCCCUUCGCCGGCAGCAGAGCACACUGAAGCGCGUCACCGCCCUGUACGUUCAGCUGUGCGAGCUCAAAUCGUAUAUCCAACUCAACAAGACAGGUUUCGGCAAGAUCCUCAAGAAAUUUGACAAGAUCCUACACAAAGAGCUACGCACCCGUUUCAUGGAAGAAUCCGUUCUCCACGCGUACCCGUUCAAGCCGGAGACCCUUCGGGCCCUAGAAGGAAGGAUUGAAAGAUGGAGCAGGCAAGCUGCCCGCCUUGGAAGGGUUAUCCUCGGGACCGAGCAUGACGCCGUUCUCCAGGGCGAUGACGACAAGCUUCCGGCGAUUAAAGAGGUGUCGACUCCGUUUGGUCACAUCUGGCUUCCCGUGUGGCUGGCGAAUAGCGCUAUGCUAACGCUUCUGGCCAUCAUUGGCAUUUUCUUUGCCGUCUUGAUGCUACCCAUCAUGGAGAAGCCCGAGCAGCAAAACUGCUUGGCUCUGCUGGUUUUUGUCAGUUUGCUUUGGGCCACCGAGGAAACUAACACGAGUUCUUUCAACAGGCGAUUCCCCUCUUCGUCACCUCGCUCAUCAUCCCAUUCCUCUGUGUCGUGCUACGCGUCGCGCACUCCGAGACCCCCGAAGGAGCGUCUCGACUCCAAGGCCGCUGCCAAGUACAUCUUUGCGGCCAUGUGGACGCCCGUCAUCAUGCUCCUGCUCGGUGGUUUUACUCUCGCCGCAGCCUUGUCCAAGUGCAGGAUCGACAAGUACCUCGCGACCUUUGUGCUCAGCAAGGCCGGGACGACACCUCGAGUAGUUUUGCUCGCUGUCAUGUUCGUGGCCGCCUUCGCCAGCAUGCUCAUUAGCAACGUCGCCGCCCCGGUCUUGUGUUUCUCUAUUGUUGAGUCGGUCAUUCUCGGAAUCGCCCUUGCGUCCAAUAUCGGUGGCAUGCUCUCGCCGAUUGCCUCGCCUCAAAAUGUCGUUGCGAUGGGAAUCAUGAACCCGGCCCCGACCUGGCCCCAGUGGUUCUUCAUUGUCAUCCCGGUCGGUGUCGUGUCCAUCUUUCUGAUAUGGCUUCUCCUGCUUCUCUUCUUCCGACCUGGCCGCGGUACGACGCUUGCGCCCAUUCGCUCGAUGAAGGAGACGUUUACCGGUGUGCAAUGGUUUGUGUGCGUCGUCGCCGUCUCCACGAUUGGUCUUUGGUGCGCUAGCAAGUCGCUUGAAUCCACCUUUGGAGACAUGGGCGUGAUCGCCAUCAUUCCCAUGGCGCUAUUCUUUGGCAGUGGUGUCUUGACAAAGGAAGACUUCAAUAACUUCCCGUGGACCAUCAUCAUUCUUGCCGCUGGCGGUCUAUCUCUCGGGAAGGCUGUCGACUCUUCGGGUCUCCUUCAUACCGUUGGCAGAAUCGUAACGGCACAUGUAGAGGGCAUGAGCCUCUACUCUAUCCUCGUCAUUUUCUCCUGCCUCAUCAUCACCAUUGCCACCUUUAUCAGCCACACCGUUGCCGCCCUGAUCCUCCUGCCGCUCGUUCAUAGCGUCGGAGAGGGCAUGGAGGUUCCCGCGCCGAAUAUUCUCGUCAUGGCCGGUGUCCUCAUGUGCAGCGCAGCCAUGGGUCUUCCUACCAGCGGAUUCCCGAACAUGACUGCUAUCAUGAAGGAGGACCCCACCGGCAGGAGGUACCUGACCGUCAAGCACUUCAUCAGCGCCGGUAUCCCCAGCAGUAUCCUCACUCUUGCUGUUUCCGUCACGCUUGGCUACCUAGUCAUGUCGGCUGUCCGCCUAGAUCGAUAA